UGGGGGCCAAAAUGUACCAUGAUUUGCGGAUUAGAUGCGGUCAGCUUACAGAUCGUAGCCUGAAAUACCAUUUUGAAACCAGGCUUAGCGAAAAGGAUCGUCGUUAUAAAGGCACCAAGUCGCGCCCCAAUUUAAUCCUGUCUGACUGAUCCGCUCCCUUUCCCUGUCUCUUGGUUCUUCCUUUUCAUUUCUUGUUUCGUUAGCGGUUUUUGAUCGCCUGGAGUUGCGCAAUGAGUCAACAGCAGCAUCUUGCGGACAGUGAAGGCCUCCAGGUCAAUACGGACGCUGAACAAGCUGCCAAAGCUCCAGAAGUAGCUCCUGGUUACGACAACGGCAAUUACUACAUCCCUCCCGGCUAUCAUCAUCCUCAACAAGCGUCAUCGGAUGGGGUAAGGAUUCCUUUUGGGCUCGGAGUCUGGACCUUCGCUGCGCUUGUCGCUCUAUGUACAGCCAUCGUCGUUGGCGCAGGUGUAGGUGGAGGAUUGGGCGCUGCUUUGGCAAAUAAAUCUAGUGACUGCUCAGCGGACUCAGCAUCUGGUACCGCUCCCGCCGCGACAGCAGAACCAACCGCGACCUCAUGCCCAACGCCCGACAACAGCACAUCAGUCAACGACACAGCUCCCUAUGUACCGAGAGCUGCUGAUACAGUCAGCCUGCUAGAGUUAGAAUGCCCCGAUUCCAAGAAAGACGAGACACGGUACAAGACCAACAAAGGCUACGAGUUCAAGUGGUGGUGCGGCGUCAAUGCAGCACAAGGCACCCCGGCCGAGGGAGGAGGUAUUGUCGCCGACUAUGCGCCUAUUUAUGCCUAUACGAUUGAAGACUGUAUGGAAGCUUGCGGCAACAUGAUCGACAAGGACGCCGAAACCGGCAACGGAGUGAAAUGCGCCAGCAUCGUCUUUUCGAAGCGCAUGAAGGAUGAAUUAGACGGUUUGAACGCGAACUGCUGGUUGAAGAAUAAUUCCAAGGCGCAGGGGAGCAAUUGGGGUUUCAAGGACGAUUGGUACGCAUACGCGGAGCUAGACAACUGAACAAGUCGAAGUGGGGCGUAUGAGACUGGCAGGAAUACCUAAUGAUGAGUUGAAUGUAGUUUAAUUCUAGAAAUGAUACCAAAGUCUGCCUCUGUCAGGGCUGAAGCUAUUCCCAACUCACGCACGACCUGACGCCCGCAUCUGGCGGAACCACGAAAAGCCAACGUGAAUUAAGGG